GUUACCGAUGAAAUGUUAUUGCUGAGAGAUGACUGCUGGGUGUGAACGGAGAUAGGGGGAGGUACUUCUUACUCGGUAAAUGGGCUUGAGAAGGCAAUGGACUGCAGGAGCUUCCUUGGCACAGAUACAGGACACUAUAAGCUAUUAAUGUUUGCGUGAACCCCGCAGAUCGUGUCUAGGGCACGUGGUGUUUGGUGGAUUUAAGAGGAGGUGUACAUUGCUGUAGUGUAUUAAAUUAGUCCGACAGCAUCAUUUUGAGUGGAUCCUGAUCAGCAUCUUAAUCAGUCAGAACCUGGUCCCGGUUUUGCACCAAGUGCUGUUCUCUAACCAGCUCGCUAGUUAUCUAGCUUGGCUUAUUAAAGUGUCGGUUUGUACUCAGUAGGCGGUUGUUUGCGAUGUUAUCGCUCGCUAAUGGCAUCAUGAUGUGACUUUGUCAAAGCAGUUUUAUUUAUUCACGAGGCUGCAUGUUACAUCAAAUUAUACCGAGGAUUGUCAGCUGUAAAUUGGUAUAGAUGUAAGAAGGCUUUGUUUUCCUUAAUGUUCUUUAUUAGUUGAUGCAUUUUAAGGUUCCGUUCCGUUUAUUUUUUCGCAGUCACUUUUUAAUUUCGUAAUCGGCUGGAUUCGAGCCUUUCAAAUGAUUGCUGAUAUAGUAUUAUAAUGUCGCGUGGCCCGGUCUUUGGAGGCUACACCUACGGCUAAGCGAGCGUGUCAGCAGGGCUGCGCCCAUUCCGACGGGUCCCGCCCCCCCCGGUCUGACACCUUCGGCUCCACCUGCGUCUCCUCCUCCCCCGGCGAAACGCGCGAUUGAUCCGCCGUACGGACGGGGACGUUUAACGGAGCCAGUGGAAAUAUGCCGAAGUUUGUAAGCGAUGCUCGACCAUGCUGAAGCGGCCGGCCGGCCGGGCUGCUUUGUGCGGGGGGACGCGAGCCUUUUGCGCGGUCAUCCCGCAGAUCAUCCCCUGCUGCUUUGUCCUGCCUUUGUCGGCCGAUUCAGACGGCACCCAGUUGCGAGCUCCUCGGGCAGCGUCGGACCCAGUCAAGAUGAGCCUGCACGGUGCCAGCGGGGGCUACGACCGCGAGCGUGCCCGCGACCACCACCGGAGGCGCUCCAGCGACCGUUCCCGUGAUUCUUCCCACGAGAGGGCGGAGGCCCAGCUGACGCCCUGCAUCCGGAACGUCUCCUCGCCCACCCGCCAGCAGGGUAUCGACCGUGAGCGGGACCCCAGCUCCCACAGGGGCUGUCCCGGGGGUGGCCUGUCUGGUGGCAGUGGGAUCAGCAAAGGCCCUGGGGUAGGACCAGGUGACCUGGUCUAUGUGUACGAGAGCCCCAAGGAGGGACCCCGCAGCACUCGGGCCAGUGAGAGGGUGAUCCUCAUUGUGGACAGCACAAGAUUUGUCGUUGACCCCUCCAUCUUCACUGCACAGCCCAACACCAUGCUGGGGAGGAUGUUCGGGUCCGGAAGGGAGCACAAUUUCACACGGCCCAACGAGAAAGGGGAGUUUGAGGUGGCCGAAGGAAUCAGCUCCGCUGUGUUCAGAGCCAUUUUGGAUUACUACAAAUCCGGGAUCAUCCGCUGCCCCGAUGGUAUCUCCAUCCCGGAGCUGAGGGAGGCCUGCGAUUACCUCUGCAUCUCCUUCGACUGCAGCACUGUCAAGUGCAGAGACCUGAGCGCCCUGAUGCAUGAACUGUCGAACGACGGCGCGCGGCGGCAGUUCGAGAGCUACCUGGAGGAGAUGGUGCUCCCCCUGAUGGUGGCCAGCGCGCAGAGCGGCGAGCGCGAGUGCCACAUCGUGGUGCUGACGGACGACGACGUGGUCGACUGGGACGAGGAGUACCCCCCGCAGAUGGGGGAGGAGUACUCGCAGAUCAUAUACAGCACAAAACUCUACCGUUUCUUCAAGUACAUCGAGAACCGAGACGUCGCUAAAUCCGUUCUGAAGGAAAGAGGGCUGAAGAAGAUACGGCUGGGUAUCGAAGGCUACCCCACCUACAAGGAGAAGGUGAAGAAGCGUCCCGGCGGCCGGCCGGAGGUCAUCUACAACUACGUGCAGCGGCCGUUCAUCCGCAUGUCCUGGGAGAAGGAGGAGGGCAAGAGCCGCCACGUGGACUUCCAGUGCGUGAAGAGCAAGUCCAUCACCAACCUGGCCGCCGCCGCUGCCGACAUCCCCCAGGACCAGCUGGUGGCGCUGCACCCUGAGCCCCAGGUGGAUGAGCUGGAUGUGCUGCCCGACCACCCCGUGCCCGGAAGCUUCUAUGCUAACGGCGGAGACGGGGAGGGUGACGGGCCCGCGCCUCCUCUCUGAGGAGGACAUGGACAACCCCGUUGGCUGGUGCCAGGAAACAGGGAGGAGGCGCCUAAAUCUGACGCCAUUGGCCACCCCUGUACGCCUGGGCCUUCCAGACCAGCUGUACUCUACACCCGGUUCAGGCGCGGGGGGGCCUUUUUUAAAUUAAUUUAUAUUAUUUACUUUUUUUUUUUUUUUACUCGACCAAAGGAGUUUUUAUUUUGUACCAGAGAUUCUGAAUGAAAUAGGGUGCGCUCUCCCAAUCUCCACGUGAAAUCGGGCUUUCACCACCUCAGGAAGCGGGCUUUCUGCCCAGCCUCGCCGUGCGGCCUCUCACCGCCGCGACCUCUCACCCCUCACUCUGAGAGCCAAUCAUGCAGCGGCGCUGUCGGGCAUCCGCAGCCCGGCCUGCCUUCCAGGGUACAUUCAGCAGCAUGUCACAUUCCUGUAGCCGGGAAUCCUUUUGUUAACGGCAGAAAUUUAUGUUUUAAUAAAGUCUUUGAGAUCACUUUGAAAACAAA